GAAAGCUGGUGAAGUACUUCAGUCGCCAGCUUUCCUGUAAGGUGAGAGUGGCCUCACAGGAGGACAGCACUGAGCUACAGGACUUCCCCAGACUGGGACACUGGUUCCGCAUCGUCAACCUGAGGAAGGAGGUCACUGAGGAGAUGGAUCCGGGCGACGUGACUCUGGAGGGGCUGCUGGAGAUGAGUGAUGAGCAGGUGUGUGAGGCCAUGGAGAAGUUUGGAGCCAACGACGAGGAGUGUGCCCGGCUCAACGCCUCUCUGUCCUGCCUCAGGAAGGCCCACCAGUCAGAACAACUCGAGGAUGACUCAUUGCCCAAUAACGGAGCAGGCAGCAAUGCCAAGCAGGACUGGUCCAUCCAGUGGCCCACCUCUGAGUCUGGCAAGGAGAACACUCCCUUCCCCUCUCCAGAACCCAGCCAGUGGGUCCGCUUCCAACUCUCCCAAAGCCCCAUGGUCCAGGCCAAGUACAACCAGCAGCACCACAGCCAGUGCCACAGCCCCCAGUCAUUGCUACCCUAUCCGUAUGGCCCCUAUGUCCAGCCAGACCGCCUCACCGUGGACAGCCACCUGGGACUGGGGGCCUUCCCCCAUGGACACGGGUCAUCGAUCCCUGCCCCCCUCGCCCCGUCAGAGGCACUUUGCCCACACCCCUCCCCGGACUCCACUGGUGGUGAACACCAUGACCCCCCCGGGCACGCCCCCCAUGAGGCGCAGAAACAAGGUGAAGGCCCCCGGGACGCCCCCACCGCCCAGCCGAAAGCUCAUCCACCUGCUGCCGGGCUUCACGGCGCUGCACCGCUCCAAGUCACACGAGUUCCAGCAGGGCAACCGCAUUGGUCUGGAGGCAGCUGACCUGCAGACACUCAAAGUGAAGCAGAAGAAGUCCAAGCCUCAGCACCUGAAGAUCAACAGCAGUGUGGGGAGCUGUGAGAACCUCCCUACCCAACGCUCACCCCUCCACUCCUCUGACCAUCGCUCACUCCGUUCCUUCUUCUUCCCCACCUUCAUCCCCUCCACUCCCCCCGUCCACUCCGAUGCAAACACUCUGUCAGUGCCUCGCUGGUCCCCACAGAUCCCUCGGAGAGACCUGGGAAACUCCAUAAAACACAGGUUUUCCACCAAGUAUUGGAUGUCUCAGACAUGCAUAGUGUGUGGAAAAGGAAUGUUGUUUGGACUUAAAUGUAAAAACUGCAAGCUGAAGUGCCACAACAAAUGUACCAAAGAAGCCCCACCUUGCCAUUUACUGAUCAUCCAAAGAGGAGGAAGUAACCCCCUCAAAGAUCACCAAGGAAAUCAAGCUCGUUUGGUACGGACUGAAUCGGUACCAUGUGACAUCAACAACCCGCUCAGGUACACAGACCUGCACGUCAGUCAGACGCUGCCCAAAACCAACAAAAUCAACAAGGAUCACAUCCCUGUCCCGUACCAGCCAGACUCCAGCAGUAACCCCUCCUCCACCACCUCCUCCACACCUUCCUCACCCGCUCCACCCCUCCCUUCCAGUGCCACCCCUCCCUCCCCCCUACACCCUUCCCCACAGUCAGCACGGCAACAGAAACAGUUCAACUUCACAGCUUCUUCUUACUUCAAAUACAAGCAGCAGUUCAUCUUCCCAGACGUGGCCCCGGCACCAGAGGCUCCUAACAGAACGCCCCAGGUCAUCCUUCACCCUGUCCUGUCUGAGCCUGGAAUCGAGGUGAACCCUUUAAACCCUUUACUUCAGAUUGAAGUUGAACCGACAUCAGACAAUGAGGAGGGCAACGAUGAGGCGGAGUACUCGGAGGAUGAGUUUGAGGAGAUGAACCUGUCUCUGCUGUCAGCCCGUAACUUCCCCCGUAAAGCCAGCCAGACCUCCAUCUUUCUCCAGGAGUGGGACAUCCCCUUCGAACAGCUAGAGAUAGGGGAGCUCAUCGGGAAAGGUCGCUUCGGCCAAGUUUUCCACGGGCGCUGGCAUGGCGAGGUGGCCAUCCGCCUCAUCGACAUCGAGCGUGACAAUGAGGACCAGCUCAAGGCCUUCAAGAGGGAGGUGAUGGCCUACCGAAACACUCGGCACGAGAAUGUGGUCCUCUUCAUGGGCGCCUGCAUGAGCCCUCCACACCUGGCCAUCAUCACCAGCUUGUGUAAGGGAAGGACUCUAUAUUCGGUGGUGAGGGAUGCCAAAGUCAUCCUGGAUGUCAACAAGACCAGACAGAUCGCCCAGGAGAUGGUUAAGGGGAUGGGCUAUCUCCAUGCCAAGGGGAUCCUACACAAGGAUAUGAAGUCCAAGAAUGUCUUCUACGACAAUGGCAAAGUGGUCAUCACCGACUUCGGACUUUUCACCAUAUCUGGGGUUCUGCAAGCUGGCAGCCGUAGAGAGGACAAACUGAGAAUCCCCAGUGGAUGGCUUUGUCACCUGGCCCCUGAAAUAGUCUCUCAGCUCUCCCCUGAAACAGAGGAGGACAAGCUGCCUUUCUCCAAACAGUCAGAUGUCUUUGCUUUCGGCACUAUCUGGUAUGAGUUGCAUGCACGUGAGUGGCCUUACAAGAACCAGCCAGCAGAGGUUAUCAUCUGGCAGGUGGGCAGUGGGAUGAAGCCCAACCUCACACAGAUCGGCAUGGGCAAAGAGAUAUCGGACAUCCUGCUCUUUUGCUGGGCGUUCGAGCAGGAUGAAAGGCCCAGCUUCUCCAAGCUGGUGGAUCUGCUGGAAAAGUUGCCAAAACGGAACCGUCGCCUUUCCCACCCAGGGCACUUCUGGAAGUCAGCUGAGUGCAGUUGACCAAGACCCCCUGAAUCUAGACUUCUCAACAUCCUCUGAUAUCACAUUUUUGGUUUAUUGUUUAAUCACAUGGAAUAUAUGUUUUAUUUGAUUACUCGAAUGACCUGUUCAGUUUGUUUGUUAGCUUAUUUAUUUUGGAAUGUAUUUUUCUCAAUGUUGUGUUUUUUUCGUGUCAUGAAUCACUUAAUUAUCUAUGGAAAAUGCAUUUUUAUGAACAAAUGUGUGUUUUGUGUUUUCUUUUUGGAAUGAAAUUGUUUUUAUAGUUAAAGUAAUUAUUUUACGAAUUGUGAAAUGUACAUUUUUAAGUCAUUGUCUUGCCAUUUCCCUUGUAUGUCAACUGUCUCUGUCAUGUGUUUGACCCUGGUUACCUCAUGGUCUCUCAUGUGUUUGACCCUGGUUACCUCAUGGUCUCUCAUGUGUGAAUGUCUACAUGUUUGUGUUUUCUACGUUUGUCUCAAAGCUUUAUCUUAUAGUCAUUAUUUACUAUUGAAUGUGAUCACUCCUGCCAAUUGUAGGGCUGGAUGAUGGUACAGUACCUUAGUAGGAAACUGUGCUCCAAUUGGCCUGUGCUUUGAUUAUCGGCUGUGAACACUGUUGAGCAUGCAUCAAAAAUGGCAUCCUGUUCCAUACAUAGUGCGCUACUAAGGUCAAUAGUAGUGCACUAGAUAGGGAAUAGAAUGUGAGAUGUUUAAACUAGAGCCUUUUUUUCAAACUGUGCCCUUUGGCUGUUGGUUCAGUCAGUAGGCCUACACUGACUGACUAGAUGUCUAGAAGUCUCUAAUGUGAAAACACUGUCACUCGAAAUGUAUCUCAUUACAGUACCUACUAUGAACUUGCUUAAACACCUUGGAGAAUUGCUGUUACUGAGCCCAUGGAGAAAUAUGUGUAUAGUGGUUACUUUAUUGUUUUAAAGUGGACGAGGGUAAUCACAGAUGUAUAGCUAGCUAAGCUCACUAUUUACCUCCAUGAAUUAUGACACAAUCGAUUUACUUCGGGAGUUCUUCAGCCCUAUAAUUGACAAAGCACUUUCUGAACAGACACCAUGAUACAGUUUAUUCUAGUAACAUGACUGUGUCCAUGACCUGGCCAUUUGUAUAAUAUAUUUCACUGCGAUAUUUUAAAUAUAGCCCACUAGAGCCCAGUCAGACUGAAUGAUAUCAUUGUGGAUGAAAAGAAGUGUCUCGGUAAGAACUGUAUGGCAACUGCUUUGGGGUCUGUACAGCCAUGUCUUAUAUAUAGAUGCAGACAAUCCAGUCCUGUAUAAAGCCAUUUCUACUACACUAUAUUAUACAGUUUCCGACAGUGUUGGAAAUGCAUUCAAACAAUUUGCUGCUGUUUCUUUUGGAGUACAUCUGUCUAUUUUGGAUUUGCUGCGAUUCCGAUAUUGUACGUGGUCGUUUAUAUUUGUACUGUUUACAACUUCUAAGUGCAUGAAAUGGACUAUAAAGGAUCUAUUCUUGUUAUUGCGAUAAAUAGUUGACUCCUUCAACUUUAUUGGGUGGCAGGCAGGUAGCCUAGUGGUUAGAACAUUGGGCCAGUAACCUGAAAGGUUGCUGGCUCGAAUCCCCGAGCUGACAAGGUAAACAUCUGUCGUUCUGCCCCUGUGCAAGGCAGUUAACCCACUGUUCCCCGGGCACCGAAGACUUGAAUGUUGAUUAUGGCAGCCCCCCCCGCACCUCUCUGAUUCAGAGGGGUUGGGUUAAAUGUGGAAGACAUAUUUCAGUUGUACAACUGAUCACUGGGGUAUUUCAUGAUUUACCUGUUGUAAGCAUAGGGCCAUCAAAUGACAGGAUACAACAGUUAUACUGCUGGCUUUGUAAAAAAGGAAAUGUUCAAAAAUGAUGUUUAAGAGAAUGAUUGUAAUAGUAUAUUUAUACAUUAUAAUAGCCUAUCGUGAAGAGGAAUAACACACUGUGCUGAAUUCGACAAGAAUCUGACCAGAAAAUGAUUCUACAUUUAGUGUCAAGUGUACAUAACAGAUUAUAGACAUACAAUCUUUAUCAUCAGUUGCUGUAAAUCAAUAUUACGGCAGCACUUUAUAAAAACUCCAGGUAAUAAUGCAUUUAUAAGGAAUUAUUACAUAAUUUAUGCAUAAUGUAUUAAUCAUUACUGCCACAUUUGUAAAUGUUAUUAACCUAUUUAUUCACACAUUU